AACCAGACAGAGGAAAAAGAUAUAUGCAGGGAGGAAGGAUGCGCGCAUAUGGCGAGAGUUGGAUGGGUUCGUUGUGAAUGAAUUUCUCCUCUGGGAGCUGCGUUUAUUUAAAAAGAAAUCACAAGCGUCUCGCGUUUCUGCGCGCUGCCCUUCCUGCCUGCCGUCCGAGGUUCUUCGAAGCACCAUGCGAGCCGGAGAGACGCGCCUUGUGCCAUGUUGAACAGCUCCCCGACCCUCCUGCUGGCUCUGACCGCGGUGGCCGCACUUCUCUCGCCAUGCCGAGGCUGGAGCGACGAGGACCUCCUCCUGCCGCCCAUCAACUCCUCCAACAGGUUCCUGGCCAACCUGGAGGUGGACGUGCGCUUCUCCAAGAGGUCCGUGGAGGAAAGCGACGCCUCGCCCGAAGCAUCCCCGCUGCAGAGCCUCGCUCCCGCGCAGUCCCAGUGCAACGUGACGGUCCACAGGCUGCUGCCCACCUCGCUGGUGGCCCGCUGGGACAGCAGCUUCGGCUUCCAGUGUGACGUGCUCGUCUACACCACCAACAACCACGGCAGGGCGUUCUUCUCCGCCUCCUUCAACCGGGCCGUCUCACCCGUGGUGAUCGAGCACCUCGGGGUCACCGGGGGUCAGCAGGAGAUGAGGCUGUGCGUGGGUUGCGGGAUGUCCCGGUACCGCCGGUUCGGCCAGGGCAGGUCGAGGGGACAGCAGAGCGGGGACCAGGUGGCUUUCUGCUGCGUGGAUUUCAGCCUGGACGAGCUGAAGGGGGACAAAAGUUGGAGGCUGAACAGGAAGCCCAUCGAGUCGACACUUGUGGCUUGUUUCAUGACUCUGGUCAUCAUCGUGUGGAGUGUUGCUGCUCUCAUAUGGCCGGUACCGAUCAUUGCAGGAUUUCUGCCUAACGGUAUGGAGCAGAGGAGACCCAGAUAACUGAAAAACCCCACGACACUAAAGGGCUAUUCUGCUGCAUUUAACGACCCCUGCCGUCAUAAAUCUGAAUAAUAAGGAUGGUCAAACUUCACCAAGAUUAUUUUAGACUUAUUUCAGUCUAUCAAAUACAAGUUGGGAUUUGUGAAACCUUUGUGAAAUGUCAUGAAUGAGCGAUUUUAAGGCUUAUUUGACACGAGAACGCCUCACAAAAUCACACGACCAAGACAAUUAUUCUAGCUUUACGAAGCCUGUAUUUAACACAUAAAAACAUUAAAUACAGAUUAUGUAAAAUCUGAUUGGUUGAUUCAGUUUUUUAAAAAUAAAUAAAAUAAACUAUUUUGAGGUUUGUUUUGACAUCACUAAUUUUCAAACUGGAUCACGUUUGAUAAAUUAUGCCACAUAGACAGCUCAAACCAGGACAUAACUAUUGUAAGACACAUUUUAUAAAAUAUAAGCGGUGGUUUUUGCAGUCCUAGUUGUUUGUCUCUAAAAAAAAGAGAGACAUUUCAGGAUUCUCCCUUUGCUCAGAGAGUCUAAUCUGGGCUCCAGCUUGAAGAUUACAGAACCUGGACAAAUAAGUUCUAUACAGCACAAUCCUGCACUGCGGAUAGACAGUGUAGGAUUGGAGGAUUUUCUGAAACUCGGUUUCAGAAAAUGUAGAAGAUAUAGGGCUGUUGUAAGGUUUUGUUUUAUUUUUGUUUGUUUUAUUUAUUUAUUUAU